GGUUAUCCAACGCCCUUGGACGCCAUGAGAGGUCCCCGAGAGAGGCUGAUAUAUGUGACUUGCAUCCUGACUGGAACAGGGACCCAGAUGCCGGAUUAUCUUGCCACAGUGGAUGUUGACCCUGAAUCUCCCACUUUUUGCCAAGUUAUCCACCGUCUGCAGAUGCCCUGUAUUAAUGAUGAGCUUCACUGCACAUCCUGGAAUACUGGUAGCAGCUGCUUUGGAGACCCCACCAAGAAACGCAACCGGCUGGUCCUCCCAAGUUUCCAAUCGUCACGGGUUUAUAUUGUGGACACCGGGACUGACCCCCAAGCUCCCUGCAUGUUUAAAGUGAUUGAUCCUAAGGAGAUCUUCUGUAAAACCAACAUGGCUACACUACGCACGGCACACUUUGUGCCCCCCGGAGACGUCGUCAUUGCCUGUUUAGGGGACUUGUACGGCAAUGGAAAAGGCGGAUUUGUUGUUGUGGAUGUGGAAUCAUGGGAAGUGAAAGGCACCUGGAACCCCCCCGGGGACGCGGCUCCAUUUGGAUUCGAUUUCGCCUUCAAACCAAGGCAUAACAUCUUAGUCAGCACUGAAGCUGGAGCCCCCAAGUUCUUUUUGAAUGGGUUCAACCCUGAAGAUCUAAAGAAAGGCCGCUACGGACGCCGCCUGAACUUAUGGGACUGGACCACCCACUGUCUUGUCCAGUCUAUUGACCUGGGGGAGGAUUCUGCGCCCUUGAAUGUCCGCUUCCUGCACAACCCAGAUGCCCCACAUGGCUUUGUGGGCUGCGCCUUGGAUGGGGCUUUGCACCACAUUUUCAGGAAGGAGGAUGGGUCGUGGGACACCGAGAAGGUUGUCCAGAUUCCAAAGAAGUUGGUCACCGGGUGGUUCCAACCUGAAAUGACAUCGUUCCUCGCAGACAUCGUCAUUUCGCUGGAUGACCGUUUCCUGUACCUGAGCAACUGGUUUCAUGGCGAUGUCCGACAGUACGACAUCACCGACCCCCACUGCCCUCGGCUGACGGGCCAGGUGUUCGUCGGAGGCAGCAUCUCCCAAGGCAGUGGGGUGACUGUGGUGAAGGAUGAAGAGCUGGACUGCCAACCCGAUCCCUUCAUGCUCCAGGGAAGGAGAGUCUAUGGAGGACCUCAAAGGCUUCAGCUCAGCUUGGAUGGGAAAAGGCUUUAUGUCACCAACUGUCUCUGCACGCCAUGGGACAAGCAAUAUUAUCCACAAAUGGUCAGGGAAGGGUCGGUCAUGCUCCAGAUCAACGUGGACACGGAGAACGGGGGUCUCUGCGUGAAUCCGGACUUCCUGGUGGAUUUUGGGAAGGAGCCGUGUGGUCCCUCUCGUGCAUACGAAAUGCGCUACCCGGGAGGAGACUCUACAUCGGACAUCUGGGUCUGA